AUGCACAUCUCCACGGCAACCAACGACAUACCCACUAACGCCGACAUGGCGCCGACCACGGCCCCGCUUCCACCCUCAACGCCGCCAAGAAGAGACGGCCAACCUCCCCGUCUGCCGCCGCUCCCUACCUCUCUGGUACCCAUUGAGGGGAGGCUCGUCAGACAUCGUCCCGAGACCCAUGCCGACCAGGUGUCACGUUUGCGCGGCCCCACGACCGCCGCGGCGGCUCCAAGUCGCGCGGUUAGGUCCGGUGGCGAGCGUCAGCAGCGUCAGACCUCAACGCUGAGGAGCACGAGCUCACGACCCAUAGAUGCACUUUUCGAUGAGGUUUCCCCACAGCUGCAGGCACCCGCCGACAACGACUCGUUGGCCGCCAGGCUGCAACGCCGCCGCCAGCGCCGCCGUUCCCCGGACCCCAACUUCACCCCGCCCAGGUUGGUGCGCACCCAGCCCGUGCGCACCUGGGUGACGCUGACGGGCGAUGCGCGUGCCGUCGCUGCCGCCUUCGGAGAUGCAACCGACGGCGAUGUUGGUUCCGGUGCCAACAGAAGCCCGCUCAGAAAGCGACAACGCAGGACGCCUGUCGUCUCCUUCUCCACCUCGACCGACGGCAUUAGCCGCCCCUCUGACGACGUUGACCCCGUGCCUUCGACUCCAUCCGUCUCCACUCCUGGAGCGGGCCGUCGCCGGCGUGGUGGUCUCCGCCGGUGCAGCAGCGUCGCGAGCGAGGACGAAUACGACGCCGCAACCGGCGACGCUGUUGUCACCCCUUUCCUCCAGCAGACCCACACCGGUGCCGACGAGACCACCACGGCUGCCAUAGCCUCCUCGUGGAUCCUCCCCCCGCAACGCCGUCGCCUCACGCCGCCGAAGAGCCCCUUCGAUGCUUUUGACUUCAAGCACGACGAUGGGGAAAAUGACUUCAGCAGCACUUCUAUUAGCUUCCUCUCCCCCGAGCGUCGCCGUGGCCGCCGCGGAUCUCCAUCCGGCGCAGGCGACGAGCCGCUGCGCUCGCCGACGGAGGAGCUGAGCGCGUUGUCGCUGGGUAGUGAUGAGGAUGAGAUGAUGCCCGCUGCCCCUCCCUCUCCCUGCUUCGCCGAGAACAUGGCCCCGGCGGUGGCGCCGAAGAGGAGGAGAGGUGGGCUGACGAGGUCGAUGGCGGGGAGGUUCAGGAUGGGCGAGGGCGGGGGAUUGGAGGCUGAUUGCUCCACCUGA